CGCCAACCCUCUCAACUGCAUUUCGCUUCCAAUGGCAAACAGACUUCAAUGGUCCCUUCUCACAUUCUCUUCUCCCAAGAUUUCAGAUAUCGCCAACCUCUAGAAUCAUGCAGUCCACACGAGUCUUCGCUAGACUCGCAACCAGGCGCAGCUUGAUUGCCGCUGUUCCUCGACGAUACAAAACAUAUUCCGAGCCCAGCACCAAAGAAAAUGAAAGAACACCAUCGACUGCCGAAGAGCAUCGCAAAUAUCAGAAAGAGAGGGAGCUCAAUCCUCACUUGACGAACACAAAUUCCACCAUUGAGAAUGAGAUGCCUUCCGUGGGUGCAGACGCCCCUCCACCGGACCUAAUCAGCUCAGUGGAUUCGAAACAUGUUCCCAAGGAUCGACAUCCCGAGAACACAGAACGGAUGACAGGAGGAACACAACCAGGUGAUCCAAACAAAGUAAGCUCUUCAGAGUUCGGCGUUGGAGAGUUGGAAGGAAUCACAUUCAGAGUUGCUCCCCUACGCCGGACUGGUGAAGAUUUGACGACCAUGAGAGCAAGAUUACUAUACCAAAGCAGGAAGCGAGGGACAUUAGAGUCCGACCUCCUACUUUCCACAUUUGCGGCGGAAAACUUAUCGUCCAUGAACAAGUCACAACUCGAACAGUACGAUCUCUUCCUUGACGAAAAUGACUGGGAUAUAUACUAUUGGGCCACUCAAACACCGACGCCAACCUCGCUCGAAUACGCAGAAGGAGCGGUGACAGAUACGAAGAAGAGCCAAACAACCGAAUACAAUUCCCCUGCCAAUCCUGGACAAACUCAAGAGACUGAUGCUUGGAGACAAGGUGCUCCGCGAAGUGGAGAGUGGGCGCAAACUGUCGGAACGUUCAAACCGGCGUACAGACCAGUACCUCAACGGUGGAAAGAAAGUGAGAUUUUGACCUUACUGCGUAGACAUGUGCGGGAAAGAAGUGCUGGCGGCGUUUUGGAGGACGUCAAAGAUGUCAACGUUGCCAGUAAAGGCAGCGGCUUGGGAAGAAUGCCAGACGUGCAGACCUUUGAAUGAGGGUGUACAUAGGCGCAAUCAUAUUUCUCGGUGGCAUACAGUUUCUCCUUGACGUUUGCUGCUUUCCCUCGAGCAUCUCGAUGACAACUAGAUCAUUUCAUUCCACAUCAUGAACACCAGACGAUAAAAGGAUCGUGGAGAAUAAAUUACAGAUUGGUAGUCUGCAUCGGUCGUGUUGGUCACUGUCGGCAGGCACCUCGUACAAGAAAUGUGAAGCGGUCCGCGACGUCUGAUCAACCGGAUCAUUUGCCGACGCGGUGCUUUACCCGUGGAAGCCGCAGUUAACGCUUUUUCUCCAAUGACAACAUCAUUGCAUCAACGGCCAAACUCCAUA